CUUGCAUUCAGAGGACAUUGUCGAAAAAGGUUCUUGUACUUCUGCCAGGCAUAGAACGAAACGAGGUCACGCCAAAUGCAAGAAGCUAGAAAAAGGAGGUCCCCGUCGUCUUACGUUUGAUAAAAAUGGGAUUGCCCAGUCACCAGUAAAACAUGUCAAUGAAUUCUCAAGCUAUUGUGGUUAUAUAGCACGCAUGCGUGUUGAUAUUAGGAUAAAGGAUUGGCGAAAAGUGCCUACAGUGGUAAAAUCAAACCUAUGGGAGGAUGUUUCAAAGAAAUUUGUCAUGCCAAGGGAUGAAACCCAUACCCUCAAUGUUAAGAAGGUCGCUUUGAAAUCUAUGAGCCAUGCAUGGAAGGAUUUCAAGUGGAAACUAAAUAUAAAUUAUGUCAAGAAGGACAAAACUCCAUUUGAGGACUAUCCAGAACUCAAGAAAGAGUGGUGGCCAGACUUUGUGGAGUGGGUUACCUCUGAUGAGUAUAUUGCUCUAGGAGAAAAGGGCAAGCAAAGCCAAAGCAUGAAUAAGUUCCGACAAAAACUAGGUCGGCGAAGCUAUACUGUACAAAAGAGAAAAUGGGCAAAGGAAGAUGCACAAGCAUUAACCGAGGGUAAAUCUAUUCCAUUUCAAGACAUGCCAGAUGGUCGUCAUAAGGAUUGGGCAAGGGCGAUGAAUCCUUCUGGCGAUGUGAACAUAACAGAGUCGCAUCCAAUCAUAAAGAAAAUUGUAGAUCUAAAUGAAAAGUCAGUAGCUGGUACCUUUACACCAUUGGAUAAUAUGGACAUACUUGCAACAGCAAUAGGGAGUAAUCAUCCAGGAAGGACAACAGGGGUGAGUGCUUAUGUGGGUUUAGGGAUGGGUCUUGCUCAAGGUGAUGGCCCUCGUAAGAAGAAACGUAGAACAACGAAAGAGUAUGUCAAGAGGAUUGUGGAUGAGUACGAGGCCAAGUUUGAGAAACUGACAGCCCUGUGUCAGAGUAUGGAGCGUCGAUUAAACAAUUCUGAGAGUUGCUCAUCUUCAAAAUUUGUUGAUACACCAGACCAUGCAACACAUCAUUCAGUUGACUCAUUACAAGAGGUGAUAAAAUGCAAGUUGGUGGUGCAGAUAGGUCCGCAAUCUGUUGUGGUCGCUAGAGGGCAGGCUUACCCUUCAAAGGAUGUUGUAACCGUCCAUGGGAUUGAGCGGCGAGAUGACCACGCAAAAGUGCAGGUUGAUUUUGUGUUUGACAACUUCUUGGAAUUUCCACACCCUAUUCCUAUCGCUGGUGGUGAUAUGUUCACUCUUGGCGAAGCCAAAAAUUCAUUUGUGUUAUGGCCUAAGUCAGGCAUACAACUAGCAGAGGAAACAACAGUUCAUGCAAAGCCUCAACAAGUCCCAGACACAUCACCUCAGCAAGAAGAGGAAACAUAA